UCUCCCCACACAUAGUACAUACUUUUUUUUUUUUUUUCCUUCUCUCCCUUCAAGGUCUCCGAUUCCGAUAACCCCCUCUACCAGCUUCGCCCUGCCUUUUUUUCCCUCCCCUCCCCCGAAGCUCCAUUUCUCUCUUCUUCCCCUCCAUUCCUCAUUCUUCUUCUUCCGUAUUUCCUUUAUAUGCUCCUAUCCCCAGACCAUUUCUCCAGAUUUCUCUCUCCUUUUCCCCUCUCCCUUUCGACAAUUAGUUGAUUGACUACAUCCAUCUCGGGUUACCUACUUACAAUACCAAUUCCGGAUAUACUCUAUCCCACCCAUCACCACAUUCCAUAACAUCGCCCUUUCGUUGGGAAAGUCCCUAUUCCUUGGAAAUUGGUUACAUCGCACCUUCUUUGAUCGCAAGGCUUGUGAUACUCCUUGCGGUGCUCGUUCAUCAACUAGUUCUUUGCCAAGAGCAAGUCUCCGUCUUGUCGGGUGGUGAUCGACUCCCCGAUUUACCUACCCCUGUUGCGACGAAUCCUAAUUCGCCUCGGCUCUUCAGCCCUCCCGAGCUCCCUUAAAUACAGACUUCGUCCCCUCUUUAGCUACACUCCUCGGUGCUAGGUUAGGACGAGUCACAUGCCACCACCGGCUUCUUCAGUGGAUUUCACCAAUCUGCUGAACCCUCAGAAUAACGAGACUGGUUCUGCACCUUCCACGCCAGUGGAUAGCUCUAAGGGUCCUUCCACCCCGUCUAGUACACAAUCCAACUCUACCAUGGCCUCGUCUGUUAGCCUGCUACCGCCCCUCAUGAAGGGUGCCCGUCCCGCAACGGAGGAAGCGCGCCAGGAUCUUCCCCGACCAUACAAGUGUCCCCUCUGUGAUCGCGCCUUCCAUCGUUUGGAGCACCAGACCAGACAUAUUCGCACACAUACGGGCGAAAAGCCACACGCCUGCCAGUUCCCUGGCUGCACAAAACGUUUUAGUCGUUCUGACGAGCUGACACGCCACUCAAGAAUUCACAACAACCCCAACUCCAGACGGAGUAACAAGGCACAACAGCAUCUGGCCGCGGCCGCUGCCGCUGCCGCGGCUGGACAAGAGAAUGCAAUGGUGAACGUGAACAACGCGGGCUCGAUGAUGCCCCCGCCCAACAAGGCGAUGACCCGUUCUGCGCCUGUCUCUCAGGUUGGAUCUCCGGAUGUUUCUCCUCCGCACUCCUUCUCGAACUAUGCCGGUCACAUGCGUUCCAACCUGGGACCAUAUGCUCGCAACACCGAGCGGGCGUCCUCGGGAAUGGAUAUCAAUCUUCUUGCCACCGCUGCAUCUCAGGUUGAGCGAGAUGAGCAGCAUUUUGGAUUCCACGCUGGUCCACGUAACCACCAUUUGUUCGCUUCGCGUCACCACGCCGGUCGAGGCCUGCCUUCCCUUUCGGCGUACGCCAUCUCGCACAGCAUGAGCCGUUCGCACUCUCACGAGGACGAGGAUGGUUACACUCAUCGCGUCAAGCGCUCGAGGCCUAACUCACCAAACUCGACCGCUCCGUCCUCACCGACUUUCUCUCACGACUCUCUUUCCCCAACGCCAGACCACACCCCGUUGGCAACCCCUGCUCAUUCGCCCCGCCUGAGGCCAUUAGGAUCCAGCGAACUUCACCUUCCUUCGAUUCGCCAUCUGUCCCUCCAUCAUACCCCUGCCCUUGCUCCAAUGGAACCCCAGCCGGAAGGACCUAACUAUUACAGUCCCAGCCAGUCCCAUGUUGGUCCCACCAUUAGCGAUAUCAUGUCCAGACCCGACGGAACACAGCGUAAACUGCCCGUUCCACAGGUUCCCAAAGUCGCUGUGCAAGAUAUGUUGAACCCCAGCACUGGGUUUACGUCUGUUUCCUCAUCGACGAAUAAUUCCGUCGCAGGAGGUGAUUUGGCAGAACAUUUCUAGCCUGAUGCCGCUGCGAAACCCUUUCAAUGUAUAAAAUUUUGGGCUCAAAAAAAUUCUUGACUGUCAUACGCGCUACGAAACGAAUAGACUUUGUGCAUUUACAGUGUGUGGUUCAUGGGCAUCCUUGGUGUCGGCUAAUUGGCUUUCUUUGCUUACUUUGUUCGAGUACAUUUUUGCGAGGCGUCCAUACUGAUAGACGGGUGGGAUAUUCUUGUGGCUUUUUUCCGUGCUUGUUCGAUUCUCCCCUUUCGCUAUCCCUGAAAAAUACCUUUCUUAUCCUACAACCAUCAUAUGUUUCAUUAUCCCAAUGGGAAUUGGCUCUACAGCUACUCUACAUUUUGUCUACUCCUCUCCGGGGCCCAGUCCCCUGAUAAUUCCUGGCUCUACCAUAUACAUUUCAUUUCGACUAUGUCACUUUUUGCUUCGAUUUAGACCUCAAGCAGGACGAGAGGGUUUCCAAAUUAUAAAAAUAUAAACAAAAUGUUACAAUAA